AUGUCAGACUCGUCUCCCGCUGAGCUCCCGCGGAGCCCCGACAUCGACAUGAUGGAGCUGGACAGAGAUGUGGAGAGAAUAACUGAAGGCGUGGAGGACAUGUCCGUGCAGCUGACCUGGAUGGCCUACGACAUGGUGGCUCUGCGGACCAGUCCCGAGCUGGGCGCCGCCAUGCAGGCGCUGCAGGAGGCCUACCAGAGAUGCAAAGCUGCUGUCUGCGGAGACUUGGACCUGGAAUCAGGCAUGGACAACAAUCCCGAGCCUGCUUCAGCAACUGUUGCAGAAAUGUGA